AUGAUGGGCAUUGGAAAAGAGCUUCCCAUCUUAAAAGCGUUGGACGAAACACAUCAAGAUGUGCGCUCAUUCGCACAUCAUACCGAGCUCCCCCCGGACAGCAUCCUCCUGUCGUCAUUUAUUGACCCACAAGGCGGAUCUGAUUCCACUGGGUCUACAGACACAGGAGUACCCCUCGUACAUACAAUUGCAAUCGAUGAAGAGUCCAAAGCUGUCGUCUUGUCCUGCCGCGGUACAUUGGGGUUUGAAGAUGUUUUAGCAGAUAUGAUGUGCGAGUACGAUGACCUGUUCUGGCGUGGGAAGCCGUAUAAAGUGCAUAAGGGGAUCCAUGCGUCUGCCCGUCGACUUCUAUAUGGGGGUGAUGGAAGGGUACUCGCAACACUGAAAGAAGCUCUCGAGGAAUUUUCAGACUAUGGUUUAGUGCUUUGUGGCCAUUCACUUGGUGGUGCCGUAACUGCGCUACUUGGAGCCAUGCUCGCUGAGCCUGCUUCUAGUGGAACAGCAUUUAUUACUUCAGCUGAACCCCAUCAGAGACUACUUGCGAGCGGGCAGUCCCACCAAACCGCCUCCCAUAUAUGUCUCCCGCCCGGUAGGCCCAUUCAUGUAUACGCAUAUGGCCCACCUUCUACCAUGUCACCAUCUUUACAAAAAGCGACAAGGGGAUUAAUCACUAGUACGGUACACGGAAACGACCUUGUUCCAUACUUAUCGCUUGGUGUCCUGCAUGACUUCCAGGCCGUGGCGCUAGCUUUUAAGACUGAUAAUAGUGAGGCGAAGGCAGAAGUACGGCGGCGAAUCUGGGAGGGACUACAAUCGGGUUUAGUUGAUAAGUGGUACAACAACGGUUCAAAGCGGUCGCACGAAGAAGAAGAUAAAUGGGCAUAUGCUGCGCUUAAGACAUUACGCGCCAGUAUGAUGAGUUCCAAACUGCUACCUCCUGGUGAGGUCUUCUCUAUUGAGAGCACGCCAGCCCUUAGGAGAGACGCUUUCCUCCAGGCUGGUACUGGUCAGAUCGGGCGACCUGCAACCCGAGUCGUGUUUAAAUAUAUCAGAGAUGUGGAGGCUCGGUUUAGAGAAGUUAGAUUUGGUUCCAGUAUGUUGCUGGAUCACAGCCCUGGACGGUAUGAAGAUACUCUUCGCCGGCUCACAUUGGGUGUUAUGGAUGCAUGA